AUGGAUAUCAAUGCACUUCACUCAUCGUCACCAUCAUCAUCAUCAUCAUCUUUCGCCGAAUAUAGUUUACCAUUAAUUAUGCAAAUUCAUAUUGAUGAUAAAUAUACAUCAAAUUUAGAAAAAUAUUUACAAAAGAAAAUUAAAAAUACUAAUUAUGCUUUAUUAAUGGAAUAUGAUCGGUCGAUUAGAUUUCCAUUGACUGUAGCUUCCUCGUCAUCCUUCAUCGAAUCAAUGUUCUUAUCAGAUUACAUGUCAUCUAGUUUAAGAGAUAGAGUUUACUGCCUAAAUGAAAAUACUACUAAUCAUAAUCCAUUGUGUUCAAUGGAAAGUGUUACACAACCUUGUCACAUGUAUAUGACAUUAGUGGAAGAGUUUUGUUAUAAAUUCAAUUUGAAUGGAUCGUUAACUAGUUAUGAGAAUUAUAAAAUGUUUACCUAUGAUGAUUAUGAUACAAGUUAUAAAGAAAAUGAUAGCUUUUAUCGUAGUGAUUUAAAUUUGGAAACUAAAAAAUCAUUAUCUUAUCAUCAACCACAAUUAAUUCAAUCAACAAUUGAAUCAAACAAACUGACUCCAACUAAAAUUUACAUUAAAGAUAUGAGUAUUCAAUGUGAUAUUUUGAAAAAUUCUUCUCUAACUAGUAGUAGUGAUUCACAAAUUCAAACAAAUCAAAGUGUUUUCAAUGGUUCAAUGAAUUGUUUCAAACCGAUCAAUUUAUUCAAUAAAUCGAAUGUACAUGAUGUGGGAACAACAACAGAUGGGAUUAUAUCCGAAACAGGUUUAAAAGCAAAACAUAAAUCUAUUCGUGUUAUGGUUCGACCACAAUCAAGAAAUGUUAAACUUCAAACACCGCUGAAUAUGAUACCAUCUAAUAUAAUGACUGGUUCAAACAGUCGUCCUAUGAAUAAAAAUCUAUGCAUAUCCGUGGAUAAAACACAUCAACAACAAACUCCAACCAUUACUAUAACCAAUGAUACUACUACUAAUUCUGGAAAUAAUAAACUAGUGGAUUACAACAAUCCUCGUAUCCCUCAAGUUUUGCCAAUUGACAUUGAUGAAAGUGUUCAAUCAAUUGAAUCGGACAGUUGGAUAUGGCCUACAACUUCUUCAUCAGUAAAAAGUGAUAAAACCUUAAGUCAGUUAAUUAGUGAUACUUGUAAUCGUCAUAUUACACAAGGAAGAAUGAAUUAUCAACAAGAACAUACAUCCGAUUCGCUUGAAGAAACAUCAAAUCAAAAUGUUGUUCAUCUAAAUGGUCCCAUAUCUACUGAAUGUACAUCCAGUAAAUCUACUUUCGAUAAAGAGGCCCACAUAAGUUUGACAAUUGCGCGUUAUAUGGAAGAAAAUCUGAAUAAUGUCGAACAUGAUGAAAGAUUCUCUGAAGAUGAAAUUUUACAAGAUCUACGGAGACGUCGAACUAACUGUAUUUCAAAAAUGAGAAUAGUUAUGAAGCAAAUUCAUGAACGAGAAGCCCAACUGUUGAACAAUUUAAAUAAUUCAUCGUAAAUAAAUUCUUUUUAAUUUAUACCACUAAAUCCUUUUAUAUGUAUUCAUUUUCGAUAUAUAACUGCUAUUGUAUAAAGUACUACUUUUAAUAAAU